UAGUAAAUAGCCUUGAAAGUUGAGCAGUUUUGUUUGAUUCCACAAUUCACAUCAGAGUGGUUGUAUGUCUGAAAUUUGAAAUAGGUCCAUUACAUUUUGUCUGAUACUACUAUAGUUUAAUUUCCUUGCAUCCAAUUAUUUGAAACACCAUUUCUCCUCCUGCAUUCUUGAUUUUAUAACAAGGAUGUGCAGAACCAUUUUGUACAAAAUGGUUGUUCUUUUUUUCAUCCUCCUCAACAGCUAUGUCACUCGGGCUUCUGAUCCGGAUCCGGUUCAGGACUUCUGCAUAGCCAACACAGAAUCUGCAAGCCGUGCCAAGCAAUGCAAGAACUCAUCCCUUGUAACAGUAGAAGAUUUUGUAUAUGCUGGCAUUAAGGUUCCUGGAAAAUUUGGUCCAACAGGGCUCUCUGCAGUUUCAGUGAACUCAAAUGUCUUCCCAGGAUUAAACACACUUGGCGUGUCACUUGUCCGAGCUGAUUUUGAAGUUGGAGGUGUAAAUGUGCCACAUUUCCAUCCAAGGGCCACUGAGAUUGCAUUUGUGCUUGAAGGAACGAUUUAUUCGGGUUUCGUUGAUACAAAUAACAAGGUUUUUGCUAAAGUGAUUAAGAAGGGUGAGGUGAUGGUGUUUCCAAGGGGUCUCGUGCACUUUCAAAUGAAUGUUGGUGAUACUCCAGCAACUAUAUUGGGGAGUUUUGACAGCCAAAAUCCUGGAUCGCAGAGAAUUCCAGCUGCAAUUUUCGGAUCUGGGAUUAAAGAAAAGCUCUUGGAGAAGGCUUUUGGAAUGAGUUCUAAGGAAAUUUCCAAGUUGAAAAAGAAGCUUGGUCCCCAUUGAUUCAGCUAGAAGGGUGCUUACUUUUUACCUUGUUUUAUUAAUUUGUAUGUUUGCAUAUUUUAUGAGCAAAUUAGAUUGCUGAAAUAUAUAAGUCUAAAUAAUGUAUAUUUACAGGCCAAAUUUCUUAGCCAUUGAACUGCAACGUGUAUCCUAAUCAGUAGGAUAAAUUUUGCUGGUGAGGAGAUGGUGGGCAGAGUGCAAUGCAAAAAAGUCUUCUUUGGCAUCAGUUUUCUUUACUGUAUCCAGAAAUUGCCUCUACUUACCUGCUAAAUCCUUCCAA